GCAGGAAGGACCGUUUCCUGCGCUCCCCGCCCCUUCCCUCGCCAGUGCUGACGCUGACGUCGGCGCAGGGAGCUGGAGGGACGCUCGGAUCUCCGCCGGGAGGCUCCUGGGGGCCGGGGCUCCGAGGUUUAAUAUAACAUAUCCUAUCAUGCUUUUUCUCUGCCCCUUCACAAAUCAUCAGCAGUAGAAAAGAGAAGAAAACAUGUCAGGACACAAAUGCAGUUAUUCCUGGGAGUUGCAGGACCGGCUUGCUCAAGAUAAGUCAGUUGUCAAUAAGAUGCAACAGAAAUAUUGGGAAACGAAGCAGGCCUUUAUCAAAGCUACAGGGAAGAAGGAGGAUGAGCACGUUGUGGCUUCUGAUGCAGACCUGGAUGCCAAGCUAGAGCUGUUUCACUCAAUUCAGAGGACCUGUUUGGACUUGUCUAAAGCAAUUGUGCUCUAUCAAAAGAGAAUAUGUUUCCUGUCUCAAGAAGAAAAUGAACUGGGAAAAUUUCUUCGAUCCCAAGGCUUCCAAGACAAAACCAGAGCAGGAAAAAUGAUGCAAGCUACAGGGAAGGCGCUCUGCUUUUCCUCCCAGCAAAGGUUGGCCUUGCGAAACCCUUUGUGUCGAUUUCACCAAGAAGUAGAGACUUUUAGACAUCGGGCCAUCUCUGAUACCUGGCUGACGGUGAACCGCAUGGAGCAGUGCCGGACAGAAUAUAGAGGGGCGUUAUUAUGGAUGAAGGACGUGUCUCAGGAACUUGAUCCAGACCUCUGCAAGCAAAUGGAGAAGUUCAGGAAGGUACAGACUCAAGUGCGUCUUGCGAAAAAAAACUUUGACAAGUUGAAGAUGGAUGUGUGUCAAAAGGUGGAUCUUCUUGGAGCAAGCAGAUGUAACCUCUUAUCUCACAUGCUAGCGACAUACCAGACCACUCUGCUCCACUUUUGGGAGAAAACUUCUCACACCAUGGCAGCCAUCCAUGAGAGCUUCAAAGGCUAUCAACCAUAUGAAUUCACAACGUUAAAGAGCUUACAAGACCCCAUGAAAAAACUGGUUGAGAAAGAAGGGAAGAAGAGCUCGCGGAGAGAGAACCGGAAGGCUGUGGCGCAGGAGCCGAGGCAGUUAAUUUCUUUGGAGGAUGAGAACCAGCACAAAGAAUCCUCUACUUGUAAGACUGAAGAAGGAAAAAGCAUUUUGUCUUCUGUAGACAAAAGUUCUGUACAUGAUGCAUGCUCAGGACCCAUAGAUGAACUAUUAGAUGUGAAACCUGAAGAAGCUUGCCUGGGACCCAUGCCAGGGACCCCGGAACCUGAAAGUGGGGACAAGGAUGACCUCUUGCUGUUGAACGAGAUCUUCAGCACUUUCUGCCUGGAUGAGGGCGAGUUCAGCAGAGAGUGGGCUGCGGUGUUUGGAGAUGACCGGCUGAAGGAGCCGGCCCCCAUGGGGGCCCAGGCAGAGCCAGACCCCAAGCCCCAGAUAGGCGCUGGAUUCCUCCCUUCGCAGCUUUUAGACCAAAAUAUGAAAGAUCUCCAGGCCUCUCUCCAAGAGCCUGCCAAGGCUGCCUCGGAUCUGACUGCCUGGUUCAGCCUCUUUGCUGACCUCGACCCCUUAUCAAAUCCUGAUGCUGUGGGGAAAACCGAUAAAGAACACGAAUUACUCAAUGCAUGAGUCUGCAACCUUCAACAGGGAGCCCCUCGGGCUACACCGCAGCACCCCAUCCAGGGCUUGCAGGAGUCUAAUGUGCUCAGUAUGCUGUUUUAAUAUUUACACGCCAUUUUAAUAAAACGAGAGGGUCAAGGCCCUGUUUCUAUCGCUAGA